AUGCGCUCCACGAUCCUUCACUUCGUUGCCCGAAUCUCAUCUCGCGUUUUUCUGGGAACAGAGCUUUGCCGAAACGAGGAAUGGCUUACUCUAACGAAGGAGUACACUAUGAACGGCUUCUCUUCAGCUGACCGCCUCCGCGAGUGGCCCAGCCUCAUGCGUCCCAUCGUUCACUGGUUCAUCCCAGGCUGCCAAAAAGCUCGCUCUCAAAUCGUCCAAGCCGCAAACAUCAUCAAGCCUAUCAUCGAGAAGCGCCGCGCACUAAAGGCCGCUGCUAUUGCGGAUGGCCGCGCGCCACCAGAGUACAACGAUGCAAUUGACUGGUUCGAAACAGCUUCGAAGGGCACCUACUACAAUCCGUCUGUUUCUCAGCUGUUCCUCUCAACGGUAGCAAUUCAUACGACCACUGACCUUCUGGGCCAAACUCUCGUUGAUAUUGCCCACAACCCCGAGAUCAUUGAGCCCCUGAGGAAGGAGAUCAUCGAUGUGCUGAGCGAGGGCGGAUGGAAGAAGACGUCUUUGUACAGUAUGAAACUUCUUGACAGUGUUGUGAAGGAAAGCCAGCGUUUGAAGCCUUUACAGCUUGCUAGCAUGCAGCGCGUCUCUGUUGCCGAUGUCACCCUUUCGGACGGCACAUUCAUCCCGAAAGGCACCUCAGUCAGCGUCUCUUCGCAUGCACACUUCGAUGCGAACGUCUAUGAGAACCCCGAGAAGUGGGAUGGCUACCGCUUCCUCCGCAUGCGCGAGCAGCCGGGUAAGGAGAACGUAUCGCAGCUUGUUGCUACUAGCCCGGAGCACCUUGGCUUCGGCCAUGGAAAGCAUGCUUGCCCCGGACGAUUCUUUGCCGCCAACGAGAUCAAGAUCGCGCUGGUUCACAUCUUGCUGCAGUAUGAAUGGAGACUGCCUGCCGGUGCCGAUACUUCGAUCAUUGACUACGGCAUUAACCCGUGCCUGAACCCGAUGCUGGAGCUGGAGAUCAGGAGACGCGAGGAGGAGGUUGUUAUGAAGUUCUGA